AAACUCUUGAGCACUCCAGAGUCACUCAGUGUGUCUUUGUGCCUGUUGUACUGCACUCCUGCUAAGCUGCACUGGUCAAACACCAGCCAUGAGCGACGAAUUUCUGCUCUUUGAGGAUCUAUUCAAGGAGGCCAUUAACAGCACUGACAUGAGCUAUGUUGUCAGUGAAAAUGUCCAGCUCUGUGCAAACCAGGCUGUCAACCACUUUGGUGCGAAAUUUAUCCCAGCUUUCUACUAUACCAACUUCCUCCUGAGUUACCUUGGCAACGGGCUUGUCCUCUUCAUCAUCUACAAGUAUGAAAAGCUCUGCACGGUGACAAACAUCUUCCUCCUGAAUUUGGUCCUUUCCAACCUUCUCUUCGCCUCCAGCCUCCCCUUCUGGGCAACGUACCAUCUGUCUGAAUGGAUUUUUGGCUUGGCUAUGUGUAAGAUAGUCAGCAGUGCCUACUUCAUCGGCUUCUACAGCUCCAUCCUCUUCCUUACGCUGAUGACAUUUGACCGAUACCUUGCAGUGGUGCAUGCAGUGACAGCUGCUAAGAGCAGAAAAAAGGCCUAUGCCAUCAUUUCGUCAGUGGUAGUUUGGUGCAUCAGUAUUGUGGCAAGUGUAAAAGAGCUGGUUCUGAAAAAUGUGGGGAGCAGUCCGUUCAAUGGACUGACAUGUGAGGAGUCAGGAUACCCUGAGAGCACCAUGGAGCGCUGGCGUUUGGUCACUUAUUACCAGCAAUUCCUGCUCUUCUUCCUCCUCCCUCUGUUCAUGGUGAUGUACUGCUACAUCAGCAUCACCAUCCGCAUCCUGGCCACUCGCAUGAAGGAGAAGUGUCGUGCCAUCAAGCUCAUUUUCAUCAUCAUCUUUACCUUCUUUGCCUGCUGGACGCCCUACAACAUUGUCAUCCUGCUUCGAGCUAUUCAGAUCUCCAGCCCCAGUGAUGAUGAUAGCUCAUGUUCUGCUACAGAGAGCUUGGACUAUGCACUGUAUGUAACGCGGAACAUAGCCUAUCUAUAUUGUUGCAUCAGUCCUGUGUUUUACACAUUCGUGGGAAAGAAGUUUCAGAGCCACUUUAAAAGACUGCUGGCGAAGAGGAUCCCCUGUUUGAAGAGACACAUGAGCAGCAGCCAGAGCACCAGAACCACAUCACAGAGGACACCAUACUCUGAGUACUAGACAGAUAUGCAGGUUUAGUUAGCUCACUUCUUGGGACAUUAUAGAGAUAGUUAUAAAGGCUUUGACGCACCAAGCUGACAGUUGGCCGUGAAUUAAUGCUGGCCCAUUAGUGAGCGCCAUGUUUUGUUUUUUUUUGUUUGCAAGUGUCCUGGACCAUUGGCAUUAGUCAGCCCUUGAUGGCUUUUUUUUUUUUUUUUUUGCUGAUUCAGCAUGUUGAAAAGGCAUUGGCAACAGCGAAGUCCAUCGCUUAAUAAAUUACUCUGAUUGGCAGUCCAGCUCAGAGAAAAGUUAAGAGGGUUAUGUUGUUAGUGUCAGAACUGGGUAACCAGCGUGUCGAAUCUGUCCUGUCGGUCUUCCAAAUACAGACUACCACUACCUGCUGCUAUGCUUUGAAGCCAGUUGUCAUAUUGGCCAAACAGUGGUACUGCAAUUUCCUGGGCCCGUCAUGUGGUGCCCUACGGCCUCAAAAUGACUUUCACGAUCAGGAUUUGAUCCAUUUAGUCUGAUAUAAUUUCGAAAAUCUGGAAGAGCCGCAAGAUUAAAUUAUUUUAUCAAAUUUAAUAUCAAGCGGAAGUUAGCCGAAGUUAGACAUUCGGACGCACUCUGUCAUGCUCAGCUACCAUAAGUCUCUAGUGCACCUGCAGUAUGGGCUGCAUAAUACAAAAACGCUGCAGUUGAACCAUUUUGGCUUCAUAAGCCACUGAGUACCUCUCACGGGAAUAAACAGGGCCCAGCCACCAACUGUGUAUCCAGUUCUACUAAUACAUCCAUGGCUAGUUUGCUGUUAGCUGUCGUCAUUGUGGGGUAUUCAAAUGCAUAUUUUUGGCCAAGACACAGGCGACUCAAGGAGACACAACACUGGCCUUCAUCUCCACUAGUUCUUUGAUGUUGGUUUGGUGUGUCAGGGCCUUUAACCUACUCUUAACCUUAACCACUAUCCCAAAAAAUAGCUUUUUCCAGAUUAGGAACAAGGCUUUUGUCCCAAGUUAACUGGUCUUUUGUCUAAAAUGUGUCCUUGAAGGCAGCCUAAAUCAGACAUACAAAAUCACAAACACAUAUGCUUUAAAAAUGCCAAUACAUAUUUCACUCCAAACAUGAAGUUAUUCCAUGUGUACUUACUGCCAGACUCCUGUAAAAUCUCAUGAUCAGAAACAGAUAAAUCUGUUAUCAACUUAAUUAGACAAGUUUAGCAGCUUUAAGACUGCUUAACUACAGACUGUUUUAAGGUAUACUAUUGUUGACUGUUUGUAAACUGUAUCGCUGGCAAAAGUGAAAGCCAACCCCAGCUUUGUCUGCUUGGGAUUUUGCCUGGCUAUAUUUGCAUUUUUGCAAACUUCACCUAUGCGCUGUUCCAAGAAACGUCCCAAACAAAAAAAAAAAAAAAAAAAAAAGGAGAAAAGAAGAAAAUACAGGCAGGUGGCCGAGUAUCUGUAAAUAAAAUCACGAGUGAUGAUUGAGAGAGAUUACUUAAGUAUGAAUCUAUGCAUUUUUUAGGAAAAUUAUCCACAGUAUACCUUUAUAGUGUACUUCAUACAUUAAAACUGUUUUUUUUUUUUGAGCAGCUGUAUUUGUAUCAAAAAACCCUUCUGAUUUAAAGAAGUUUACAUUAUGAAGGCUUAUGUGUCAUUUUAUUCAUGUGUCUUUUGGGACUCAACUAUUGUUAAGAGAAUGUAGGAAAAAUGUGGACAAAAAGAAAGAUUGUUGUUUACUGCUGUGUCGAAGGUCCAGACUGAAUUUUAAAUCAGCAGCCUGUGUCUUCAGGUGGCUGAUCGGUGAGAUUUAAAUUUUGAGUGUGGUGUGGUGUGUCCAGUCUGCAUGUGUGCUUGAGCAAGAUACUGAACCCCAGACUGCUGCUGAUGGCUGUGCCAUCAGUGUGUCAAUGCGUAUGAAUGUUUAACUGAGUAGCAGGUAGCACCUUGUAUGGUAGCCUCGGCCACCAGUGUAUGAAUGUGUGUGAGAAUGUGACAUGUAGUGUUAAAGCGCUUUGAGUGGUCGGAUGACUAGAAAGGUGCUAUACAAAUGCAGGUCCAUUUACCAUUAAAGUUGCCACUCUCUCCAUAGGAAAGAAAUAGCUACUGUAUACAGCUGCAAGGUGAUUCUGCUGUUGAUAUGUUGAUGUAAUGUGGUUAUGAUUAUGUCAAGUAAAGAGUGAGUUACCAACUGUGCAAAACUGGCAACUUCAGCAGCCCUUAAAACUGAUUUGUGUUAAUUUAAUUGAAAAUCAGAUACAGGCCUUAAAGGUGAAGUCUGUCAGAUUUAGGGGGAUUCAGUGGCAUCUAGUGAUGAAUUGCAGAUUGCAACCAGCUAAAGCUUCUCCUGGCCAGAAUUCAUUGGUCAGGGGUUUUUCAUCAAGGGCCAAAUUAUCUGCGGUCUCAUUCUCUAAAACAAUUGGACUAUUCUGUGUUUUUAGAACCACUAAAAACACAGAAUAAAACAGUUUCACGUUACAAAUCAGUACAUCUCCAAUGCCGUUCGGCAUCUUGGAGACAGGCAGCUCACCCACAGCAUGUUAGUGUGCUCACCUUUUUCUGAUUCAGACAUUCAGAAGGUUUUUACCGUGAGCCGAAUUAUCCGGAGAGGUCUCUUCCUUUCUAAAAAGAAACAGACUAGAUGAUGGUAAAAAGACUGAAUAACACAGUGUCACAUUACAAAUCCAGGUAUUUCUGACCUAAUUUGGCAUCUUGCUGCAGUUGGCUAGUCCAACACAUGUUAUUGUAUGGUCACCUUUUUUCUCCGAUAACAUAAGAUCCACCCGUUAAGGAGGUUUUCAGCGGAAGCCAAAUUAUCCACAGAGGUCUAGACCAGGUGAUUUAAAGUGCUAGAAACACUGAAUAAAAAAGCCUCUAACACUGCUCAUUGCAGUUGGGGUUCUUACCACGGUGGCCAAUGCAAAAACGUGAAUAUCCCGAUUUAGAGUCACUGUUACGUUUGUCCAUUCUGGGCUAUUGUAGAAACAAAGUGGUGCAACAUGGUACCGUAAACAAAGACCUGCUCCUUCUAUAGAUAUAAUCGUCUGAUUCUAAAGUGAGAAGGACACAACGGUUCUUAUUUUCAGAUUAUCAUACACUAAAGAAAUAAUAAUUUUCUGCCAAUAAUAAUAAUAAUAAUAAUACAUUUUAUUUAUAAUGCACUUUACAUUCUGGGGAAUCUCAAAGUGCUAUAAAACAAAUGAUAAAAACAACAGUGUAGUAGAAUGAACUACAAUUAAACUGAAGAAGGCACUCAAAAAUGAUAACCCCCUAUAUACCCCCUGAAUCCUGCACACUGGACCUUUAAAGGCUGAGACGAGUGUUAUUCUAUAUUUUUCUCACUGUCAACCCAGCCUAAACAACUGGGCACUGUAAUUUGUCGUGAGCAUUAUUUAAACACCUGCUCCCUUACCUGGUUGGGCCCAGGUUUUCUUAAUGUCAUGAGAGUUGAGGAGUCAGACCUUCAUCAGCCAAGUGAAGGACAAAGACAGCAAUUUUGUGCAAAGUUAUUGUUAAAGGGUGCUUUUAUUGAAGAACUUUUCCCCAUGUUUAUGUGCAUCUGAGUUCUUUGAUGCAUUUGCUUCAGAUCUGCUCAUGGUCUGGUCCUUAUACUGAGUGUUUUGAUCUUGCUGAUUCAAUAUUGAGUGCAAUGUGUAUGUUUGUACAAGUGUGGUGUAUUUGACACAUCUUGUCCAAGUGCUUUAAAACAAACUGUAUUUUAACUAUCCAAUAAAUACGCCAAUCUAU